ACACAACCGAAAAAAGAUAGUUGUUGUACUAAUCCAAUUGAACAUAGAUUCGAUCUUUUUUGUCUUCUUGAGAUUUAAGGUAAGGACAAGGGGAGGAUGCUCCUGGUUCUUGUAUUCUUAAUGUUAACAAGUUGUUCACAACUUAAUUUGACAGCUUGGCAAUGAAUUUUAUAGUAGUAUACCUUGUUUGAUUAUGGAGAAUGUGUUUUGUCUUGCUGCUAAUAUAAUAAGGGUAGUUGCUAUCAGUAGAUGGACUAUUGUAGGUAUCUUUAAUACUUCUACAUGUCGUUCCUAAAUACAGCGUACGCUGUCAACAACGUCAACAAUUAUCUAAUAUCAUGCAAAAUAUGACUAUCUUUAUAUAAUAUGAAACAAAUGCACCCCAUCCUCUGAUUUUCACUGUGAAGUCACUUUCAGAUGAAUAUUCUACAUGCAUAUGUUAUAUGUUUGCAUGUCCUCCUUGGCCAUAUGUGCCGCUUGGACAGAAGGAUAACUGACCAAGUCUGGAUUGGCAUGGAAAGACAACAAAUGAAUUGCAAGCCGGCAGAGAUACUAAAUCCUUUUGAAUAAGUAUUUCAGACCUACCGAUUCUUGCUUCUCUGCCACUUAGCUAAGCAGUUGAAUGCAAAGAAAAAAUAAGGCGCGGAAAGCCUAGCAGAAUACAUGUGGGAUAAACUAAAAGAAACAUGAGUCGAGGUUUCUUUCAAAGUCAACAAAACAUUUGGGGAGGAGUAUCAGCUGGAAUUUUGAUAGUAUUUUUUGGUUCAAUUUUUUUCUGCUUCAAGAGAAAGCUUUAUGCAUGCUUUGGGUUACCGGAGAACAAAAAAGGAACUCUAGAAGCUGAACAACUGAUGCUGAAGACCUUCCAGUUAGAACAAUUACAAAAGGCAACUAACAAUUUCUGUCAAGAUUGUCUGGUUGGUUCUGGUGCAUUUGGAAAUGUCUAUCGAGGAACAUUUGAUGGGGAGGGAACAUUAGCUAUAAAGAAGGCACAUACUGAGUCAUACACGAGUACUGAAGAUUUUGAAAAUGAAAUCAGGUUGGUCUCAAAAGUGAAGCACAAAAAUCUCGUCAGUUUGGUGGGAUUCUGUCAAGGAGCUGGGUCAAAGGGAGCAAAAAUUCUGGUGUAUGAGUAUGUUCCAAACGGUUCUCUGUUAGACUACAUCAUGGGGAGGGGCGGAAGGAGCUUAACAUGGAGGCAGAGAGUGACACUAGCUAUUGGCGCUGCUAAAGGGAUAGCUCAUCUGCACGAAGGAAUCAAACCAAGUAUAAUUCAUCGGGACAUAAAACCGAGCAAUAUCUUAGUAGGAGAAAAGUUUGAAGCCAAGGUGUCAGAUUUUGGGCUAGUGAAAUCAGGUCCUAUUGGGGAUCAAUCACACGUUAGCAGUCAGAUAAAGGGGACACCAGGGUACCUUGAUCCUGCCUACUGUUCGUCUCUCCAGUUGACGCCGUUUACUGAUGUCUACAGCUAUGGUGUUAUAUUACUGCAGCUUGUUGCUGCUAGACCUGUAGUCCAGAAAACUAGAGGUCAUCCUAGUUAUCACAUUAUAGAUUGGGCAAGACCUAGCUUAGAACGAGGAAGCAUCGAUGAAAUAAUAGAUGCUAAUCUCUUAAUGGAGGAAUGCAACAUGGAAAUGAUGUUGAAAAUGGGACAACUAGGUCUGAAAUGUGUGGCCAAAGUCCCCAAAGAAAGGCCUACUAUGACUAAAGUGUGGCAAGAACUGGAGGCUGCCUUAUUUUCUGCAGAAAACAUCAUACACAAACAACCUUCCAAUGGUUCCUUGAAAUUAGUUAGCUUGUCAAACCGGUCAGUCGAAAGGGGAUGUCAUCUAAUGAAACAACUUGAUUAUUCUCAAAGCUCAGUUAGCAUAGACGGCAUUAGAUUGCAGAAAUUUUACAUGGACAUAGAUGGCCUAUCCUUUGGGAGUGCAAAGUUGAGGUGCUUAGAUACUUGUACCACAGGCUUUGAAGAUGACUCGUAUGACCUGACAGGAACUUACGAGGAAACAAGCAUGAGCAGAAACGAAGAGCUUACGCUUCAACAUAUAAUAUCAGUUAAAGUUUGAUUAACGUAAGACGGCUAAAACAUAUUCAGGUUCUCUCUAAGUAGGAGUUUCUUCAUUUUCAAGGCUCAAACUCUAGAACUUUGAUGAAGAGUUUUAGUUGUGUAUUCACCUUUCAUUAAUAGAAGAAUUUCCAGCAAUGGAAGAUCUAAAAGCGGCCCACCAUUUGUCAUACCUUGUUUGUAUUGGUGGAAUAGUAAAAAGGAAGGGAUCCAUACAAUAAUCCCAAUUCAGUGGUUGAAAUACUUUGACAUUUGAGUUUCAUUUCCAUAUAAAUCUUUUUUAUCCCGUCUUACUAAGAAUGCAGUCAUUAUACUGUAUAAUCAGCUACUGU